AGUGAUGCUGCACCACUUUCAUCCUCCUCUUUUGGGAAGAGCGAGCGCUGACAGCAGUCCAUGUUCACAUCCAUUCUGCGUUUAAUUAUGACUCGUUCCCCCAAAACAGUGAGCGUGCCAGGCGAGAGAACGCGCUAUGCUCUCAGCGCAUCUCAGCAGUGCGUACUCGUGCGUCAGACACAAUAAUUCACUCAAACUAUCCCCGUGUGGCCCGGAAGACUCCCCUGUUUCCAAUGAUGAGUUGUUUUCUCCCUCCUUUUCCUUUCUUCCCCAGUUUUUUCCCCUCCCCUCCAUUCAGAAGUGUUGCGUGUUGAGUAAGCGACUCGGAGCAUCAGUGUGAGUGAGAGUGCUGAACUGAAAGCAGUCGAGUCCAUCCGUCUGAGGAGGAGGAGGAGGAGGAAUUACAGGGGAAAAGUAAAGCGCGAGGCUUCCAACGCCGCUCUUGUGGACCGUAGACUUUGCCUCUUCUUCUUCUUCUUCUUCUUCUUCUUUUUUUUAAAGGACACGCAUGGUGCUUUUUAGCUGGAUACCGACUCAAGCUGCUUGAUCUUCUCCUUGAUUUCCCCCCUUUCCUAUUUCACUCCACUUGAGUCUCGGCUUCACGGCACUUCAUCUCCUAAACGGCGAUGCUGCUGCGUGACGCGAAUUAAGAAGAGUUUUUCCCCCAAAAUUUGCCCCAAACGCAAAGAAAUUACAGACCUUCCAAGACAAAUCCCCACCCACUCUGAGCAUGGACUUGUUGAGUGAAUCCCAUGUGCUGGUGCUUUUCCUCACCUGCCUGGUGUCGCUGUGCUGGGCCCAGGAGAAGGAUUACACGGUGAAGGAGGAACAGCCAGAGAACGUGCGCAUCGGGAACCUGCGCAAAGACUUGGACCUAAACCUGGACCCCAAUGUUAAGCUGUCCUCAGCCUUGGAGUUCAAACCCGUCUAUAAGUCGGGAGAGGUUCCUUUGGUGAGGGUGGAGUCCAGUACGGGCGAGAUUUUCACGACAUCAAAUCGCAUCGACCGCGAGAAGCUGUGCUCAGGCGUCUUCAAUGAGAAACGCUGCUUCUACGAGAUUGAGGUGGCUGUGCUGCCCGACGAGAUCUUUCGCCUGGUCAAGAUUCGCUUCCUCAUUGAAGACAUCAAUGACAAUGCCCCUCUGUUCCAGUCUACCGUCAUUAACAUCUCCAUUCCCGAGAAUACAGCCAUCAAUAACCGCUAUCCGGUACCCUCAGCUUUCGAUCCUGAUGUGGGGCUUAAUGGUAUCCAGCACUAUGAGCUUGUCAAGAGUGUGAGUGAGUUUGGCCUGGACAUCAUUGAAACUCCAGAGGGAGACAAGUGGCCCCAACUCAUAGUCCAACAAAAUUUGGAUCGAGAAACCAAGGACACUUUUGUGAUGAAAAUCAAAGUGGAAGAUGGCGGCACACCUCCAAAGUCCAGCACAGCCAUCCUCCAGGUCACUGUCUCAGAUGUAAAUGACAAUCGUCCAGUGUUCAAGGACAGUGAGGUGGAAGUGAAAGUGCCUGAGAAUGCCCCUAUGGGGACAUCAGUCACUCAACUUCAUGCCACUGAUGCUGAUCUUGGCUCCAAUGCUCAGAUCCAUUUUUCCUUUAGCAAUCAAAUAUCUCCAGUAUCCAGAAGGCACUUUGUUAUCGACAGUUCUACUGGAUUGAUUACGAUCAAACAGCCAUUGGACAGAGAAUCCAACCCAGUCCACAAGCUCAUAGUCCUGGCAAGUGAUGGUAGCACUACACCUUCAAGGGCUACUGUCAUAGUAAAUGUAACAGACAUUAAUGACAAUGUUCCAUCCAUAGACACUCGGUAUAUAAUAAACCUUGUUAAUGGCACAGUAUUGUUGUCUGAAAAUGCCCCUCUAAACACAAAAAUAGCUCUAAUUACAGUGACUGACAGGGAUGCUGACCUUAAUGGUAAAGUGACAUGUUACACGGAUCAUGACGUACCCUUUCGGUUGAAACCUGUUUUUAAUGACCAAUUCUUGUUGGAAACUGCGGCACCCUUAGAUUACGAGACUACUCGAGAAUAUGCAAUUAAGAUAGUAGCUUCAGAUUCAGGGAAACCUCCUUUAAACACUUCUGCAAUGGUCCUCAUUAAAAUCAAGGAUGAGAACGAUAAUAUCCCAGUUUUCCCUCAGCCAGAGAUUCAGCUGUCCAUCCCAGAGAACAAUGACCCUGGCACACAGCUGAUAAAGAUCAGUGCCAUGGAUGCAGACAGUGGCUCUAAUGCCCUAAUAAUUUAUACCCUUGGCCCAGACACACCUGAUGGGUUUAACAUAGAUCCACGGUCUGGUAUACUCUCUGUUAGCAAGAGACUGGAUAGAGAAAAACAGGAAACCUAUUCAUUUACAGUCUUUGCCAAGGAUAACGGUUCUAAUCCUCUACAAAGCAAUGUCACAGUGAAGCUAAUUGUCCAAGACCAAAAUGACAACAGUCCAGCCUUCACCCAUCCUGAAUAUAAUUUCUACGUGCCUGAGAACUUGCCUUUGUAUGGCACAGUUGGCUUGAUUACAGUUACAGACGCAGAUGCUGGAGAUAAUUCAGUGGUUACCCUCUCAAUUAUAAAUGGCAAAGACAAUUUUAUUAUUGACCCCAAAACUGGCGUAAUUAAACCAAACAUUACAUUUGACAGGGAGCAGCAAAGUUCCUAUACCUUCAUUGUCAAAGCUGUGGAUGGAGGAUUAAUUCAGACAACUUCAUAUGCCAAGGUCACCAUAAAUGUUGUUGAUAUUAAUGACAAUCGACCUGUGUUUGUCAUCCCACCUUCCAACUACUCCUAUGACCUAGUCCCUUUCACAACCAGCCCUGGCUCUGUGGUGACCCGAGUGUAUGCCAUUGACAAUGACACUGGCAUGAAUGCAGAGCUGCAGUACAGCAUUAUUGGAGGGUCACCAAGAGGACUGUUUGCUAUUGACAAAACUACAGGGAACAUUACUCUGCAAGAGAAGAUUGUUAAUGCUGAUCAAGGCCUUCAUAGGUUGGUGGUAAUGGUCAAAGACUUAGGACAGCCAGACCCCUUGCAUGCAAUUGCACUUGUUCACUUGUUUGUGAACGAUACUGUCUCCAAUGUUACAUUCAUUCAGGAGCAAGUCCGCAAAAGUAUGGAAACACCCUUGGACAGAAAUGUUGGGGACAACAAUGUAAUCCCACAGACCAAUAGCUAUGUAAUUGUUGUCAUAGCCAUAAUUGCUGGGACCAUGACUGUCAUAUUGGUGAUAUUUGUGACUGCUUUGGUACGUUGUCGACAAACACCCAGGCACAAAGUUGUUCAGAAGGGCAAGCAGAGCGGUGAGUGGGUAUCGCCAAAUCAGGAAGGCCGGCAGAUCAAAAAGAAGAAGAAGAAAAAGAAGAGGUCCCCUAAGAGCUUGCUGUUGAACUUUGUCACUAUUGAUGAAUCCAAAUCUGAAGACCCUACUCAUGAGCACAUCAAUGGCACCUUAGACCUUCCAGUUGAGCUUGAGGAGCAGACAAUGGGAAAGUAUAAUUGGGCCACCACACCAACCACAUUUAAACCUGACAGCCCUGAUUUAGCCAAGCAUUACAAGUCAGCAUCUCCUCAGCCUACCUUUCAGAUCAAACCAGAAACCCCAGUGGCUCCCAAGAAGCACCAUGUCAUUCAGGAACUCCCCUUGGACAACACAUUCGUAGUUGGCUGUGACUCUCUCUCCAAAUGCUCCUCCAGCAGCUCCGACCCCUACAGUGUCUCAGAGUGCAGCUGUCAAGGGAGCUUCAAGGCACCUGGGCAAAUUCACACCCGACAGAACCAGAACCAGACUCCAGACAAGACAUUGGCUGCAGUUCCUGCCACUUGUCCCCAUAAGCAGAGUCAGCGGCGUGUGACCUUUCACCUUCCUGAUGGUUCUCAGGAGAGCUGUAAUGCCACUGGACCAAUGGAACAGGAGGUGGGCAGCAGUGCCAGUAUCACUAGCACCACUCAGUCUCUGCCAUUGGGAUUCCCACAAGACGAGUACUACGAGCAGACUUCGCCCAACAGCCGCACUGAGGGUGAUGGCAACUCUGACCCCGAGUCUACUAUUGAAGUGAACCUGCAGAAGGCCAUGACUGAGGCCUCGGAGACCUGCACCCAGGAAUGUCUGAUCCUCGGCCAUUCUGACAGCUGCUGGAUGCCUCCGGCGGUGACCCAGUUCCAGACGACUGCUGCUGCCACGUUGCCCUCGUUCAGCCUUCAGCAGAGCUGGGCACGCAGCGGCGCCAUGCCAGACGGGCGUCACACCCUCAGCAGAUCUGUGCCCAGAGAUGAUCUGGACAAAGGGAGCAAUCGGCCUCAGUUCUACAGCACACUGGACAGACACUGUAGCAAGAAAGAGGAUGCUGUGAAGGUCAUUCCUUUGGCCAGCUUCUCUGCCACAUCGAGCCCGCAGAACUCGGGUACUGGCGUCUCCUCUGCAUUCUUACAUGAGCAUCAGCUGUAAAGCAAGAAGCAAGCAUUUCCAGUAAGCUACAGCAACACAAAAAGUCAGUGAUGAGAAAACCAUUACUAAGUUGACAACUGACAAAAUAAAAUCUUAACAAAGUUUAUCAGUCUGUAUUUCCAAUGCUUAUAAAAGCAUUUCUUUUUUUUUGUCUUUGUCAGGAUAAAAAUCAAUUAAGUGAACGGACAGUAAUAAUACUCUCACAACACCAGACUCUAUAGUCACCAGACUACAUAAUCCGUAGAUCUAAACCAAAGUAGCAUCUCAAGUGAAAAACAGAGUUAAAUAAUAAUAAAAAAAAGGUGUAUCUUUGGUAGGUAGCGGCUAACGAAUCGAGCUCCAGAGAUGAUGUCAAUGUUUUUUGAGAGUUUUAAAUAUGGCGUAAUUAUGGAACACACAUAUAUGCUGUUGAAUGAAGUUAGUGAGGUGUUAUUUGUGUGAGUGAUUCAGUGAAAUUCAGUGAGUAUAUAGCGUGAAUUGUUUCUAGAAAAUUUUUCUCCUCAUCUGCGUGUUGCAGAGACUCUGUUCAGACAACAGACAUGUUAUUAUGCCUCACUACAAAUAUUUAUCUCACUCUCUAAUAACAUGUAGAAAGUUUUCUCAAGAAAUCAGCUAUUUUUCUUCAUGAACUGAAAAGCGAGGCUUCCUCUAAUGUCUGUAGUUUCCAUGCAUUGACACCCUAUUUUCUCCCAUUAUUAGGAACCUACUCAUUUUCUUAUUAACCAAGCCUGGGAAGGCACAGACAGAUGUGCUAAAGAGCCGUCCUUUGUUUUCCUUCUCUCCUACAUCAAGUUUCAGUCUUGAAAUAUACAAUUUAUGCACCUUAACAAGUGCUAUGGAACCAAUUAUGAGAUCUCCUGAUAGUAUAAUUACUUUGAUCUGUAAUCACUGUAGCAGCCAUAGCUGUGGAAGACUGCUCUGUAAUAGUAUAAUUGGCUUACUUUUUCUUUGUGUGCAUGUCUGGGUGUGUGUUACCUUUGUGGCCCACUACUCUUUUAAAAUCCAUGGAGAAAAAAACAACAAAAAACAACAACAUAACGCUAGGUCCCUAAGUUCCUGAUGCGGAUUCUUCUUUGGUUUUUACUUCAGUCAAGGACCUCAAAGUUAUUUGUGACCUGUAUGCUUUUUGACUGCUAAAUAAAAAUAGAAGCUCUUGUUUCUCACAUCCACACUGUAGCUUUCCAUAGUUAGUUAUGAGCUAUAAGUGGAAAAAAUUAAGCUGUAUUCAUCAUGCAGACCUAAAGACUUAUAGUAGACAUUGUCAAUCAUAAGGCCACCAAGCAAUAUCAAGGACUGAAACUGUAAUAACAAACGUCAAAGUGCAGUUAAUUAGGCAUUUUUCUUUAUUUUUUCUUUGCUUCUUUGAAUAAAACAAAUUCCCAUGCACUCUUUUAUUUUCUAUAUUAAUUUGGAAUUAGGCAGACCCCAAAGAGCCAGCUUCAGCAAGCAUACUUUCUUUAAUUCAGCAAUUCUGCUUAGUACAUACUGAUGAAACCAAAGCAUUUGAGUUAGUGAUCCAAAAAAUUACUUUCUUAUAAAUUAGGUGGAAUAGCAGUGGAGGAAUGUAUGCCAGGAGAGUGGUAUGAUGAGCCUGGCUCUGCCGUAUUGCUCAUUGAUCUGAGAGAAUGCACAGUUGCAUUGGCAGCAACUCCCUGGACUACAGCAAAAAAAAAUCCCCUUUAACACUGUUAAUCAAUGAGAAGAACUAUAGGGUGGUACUGCGUCAGGCGAUACUGCCAUGGACUGGCUGCACUGUAGAACACUCUUCUGCUUCCUAAGACAGUAUCAUUUGAAUAGAGGUUUAAUGCUUGUUGGAUGAACACUACUCUACUCAUGGAAGAGAUAAAAAGGGAGAGCCAAGGUUAAAAAUUCUAAUUGCAUUAAUUUAUGGCAGUCUAGAAAUUCUAGAAAUUCAUAUGUUUUGUCACCAGUCAUUAUUUUGUUGAUAGUUAUGAGCUGGUAAUUAGACUAAGCAAAUUUAAGUAUACCAUUUGAGGUUUUUAAACUGUUCAGAUUAGUCUGGAGAAAAAUUUCACAUUGUUUUCAAACUGCAUGCAUCCACAAUAUUUCAGCAAUGUUUAAACAGAAAACAAAAUGCCAUACAAUUUCAAUUCACCACUAGCUAAAGAAAAUGAGCUCUUAAUAAUAAAAUAUUCAUAAAGGUAUAUUUAAUAAAUAAUCAGUAUAUAUAGUGUGUAGCUAGUUUAGUUGAGUUACAUUUGGUUCCAAAGUUUUUGCAAGUUAAAAAAAUCUGCAAAAAUCACUAAUAGAAAAAUACAUAAAUGUAUACUAUGUUCAUAACAAUUCUCCCUUUUCUCCCUUUUAACACUUUUUAUGUUUUAUACCUUACUAUCCAGUGCAUUGUGAAAGCAACAUGAAUCAGCAACAUUAAACAAAAGCAUUUAUUUAUAAUACUCUGGAAUAUUGUGUGAGGAAAUUCAUAUCUCACUAGCUCUCAUCUAUUGCAUUUGCAUGACCUUGAGAGUACGUUGUGACCUUUGACCCUUGGCCCAUUUAUGAUGGUGAAGAGGUGCAUUGUGUAGCCAUGUGACCACUCAUGGGUUGUGUUAUAGAUCUGAACUUGCAGUAAUGAUAAUGCACUGUAGUACUGAUAACGCAAGCGCUCCUUAAUAUCAGCACAUCAACACAUCAAAUCAACUUUAAUCAUCAUGUGGCAAAACAAAGAAAAAAAGGAAAAGGAAAUGAAGGGGGGGGGGGGGGACAUGUAUAUAUUUAGAAUAUAUUUAUACAUGUAUAUAUUGACAAAAUGUUGGCAAAGGGAAGUGUGAUUGGGAUGUUUUGAACUUAUCAAUAAAAUAUGUUUAAAAAGCUUCAAUUUAUAACAUAGAGACAAUCUUCAUCAUAAUGUAGGAAUUCAUUAUGCAUACAUCAGUAUAUGUGAGCGCAGGUAUCUUUGUGUGUGUGUGCAUGUAUGUAUACUGGCACAGAGAUGGUCAGAAUAAUAUACACACCAUGCAUCUUGUAUAAAGCAAGAAAACAAUAUGAAACUAUUGCUAUUCUAGAUCUGCUUGUAAUUUAAUCAUUUGUUGUGCUUCACAAUUGCUUUGAAAGAUGACAGCUUUGCUAUGUGCCAGCAGUACACUAUUAAACAAUAAAAAAUAUACUGUGUAUUGUCUUACCCCUGUAAAAUAUCCCUUUAGAAUCUAUGAAAAAAAAAAAAAAAUACAUUCAUAUACAUUUGGUGUAAUGAUUUUUCUUGUCUUGGAAUUUUACUUGAA